AUGCAAGUAUUUAUACGAUCAGCUGAACAGAAUUGGAACAUUGGCGGUAGUAAUGAUGAAGUAUGGAAUGGAUGGCGACACGUUCAAUCAGAAGACAAUUUUUGGGGAUGUGGCAAUAAUAUUGGUCUCACUUUACAGAAAGAUGAUAUGAAAUGUACUUAUGGUGCUUCGUAUUAUAAUCCGAGUUUCAGUUUGAUCAAACUUAAUGGCAAGCCGGCUAGUGGUUCAUUUGCCUAUGAUCGAAGCAAAUCCAAAGUCGAAGUAUAUAAUGCAUUUACCGAAUUCAUAGAGAGUCAAAUCGCUGCGCAAAAUGCAGAAAAUAUUGCAAUUCCUCCUACAUGA